AUGCUUCGCGAAGAAACGGACGAGAGGGUUGAUUAUAGAGCCGCCAAAGCCGACGGCCGCGUGAUAAAUAAUCAUCGCAAGGGAUUAAAUUAUCUUCAUCUUGUUCGAAAGUAUUCGGACAACGAAAACAGAGUGCAGAAAAGGAAGGAAAUCUCUUGCGAGGCUACGGAGGACGAGGCGGAAGAUGAAGAACAGGGAAUCGACGAAGAUCGGAGCGAGGAGGAGGACACAAAAGUUCAGAAAGUAGAUACAAACCAAGAAAACGAAGUAGAAGCGAACGUAAACGAGCAGGAAACUGCGCAGAUUGGGCAGUGCGCGAUUUGUCACAUUAACAUCGACGACGCGAAUCUCGGUGGAAGGGUCGCCGACUCCGAGGGCUAUUUGCUGUGUCAACGUUGCGUACGAAACUUUUCAUUCCGAGCAGAUAUGGACCCUCAGCCUAGAAGAUCGCAUGCGAGUUUCUUCCAGGGCAGAGGCAACGAUCGCGGCGAUCGCGUACGUACGAGAACGGGCAACCCGCGUCGCGAUCAGUGGGCUUGCAACUUUAAUAGGGCUGCGCCCAUCGAGAUGACGAACGAGUUGGUGGAUUACGAGUCGGACGCCGUUUCGUACGUCGCCGAUCGCGAUCGAGGCAAUCCGCGGCGAGUGGAGCAAGCGGAAAGCCGCGGGAGGCAGUGCCUACAGCAACACAGCUAUUGCAAUCUGAUGACGACGACGGGAAAUAGCGCGUCGGAUCGAUACGCCUCCGAGAUUAAGGUCAAAAGUUCCUCAGCCGAUUGCUCCCGCAGACCCAUACACUGCCCGCUCCUGGACUGCUCGGUGAACGUCGCCUUCUCGGCGCUCACCAAUCACUUCCUCUUCGAUCAUCCCGAGGUGCCUCUCCUCUGUGUUGAGCCCGGCGCCGAGAGAACGCUUAUCAUCAGCUACGGAGCGCUGCCCUGCAACUCCAGUCGAUGUCUAGCUCUCUUACUGGUGUCCGGAAAGCUCUCAGAUUCCUCAACGAGACUGUUCGGUAGCAACCUCAAUAUAAACCCCAAGUAUCGGAAUCGAUUGCCCCUGCCGGUGUUGGCAGCGCGUUUGCACAGUAGUCGUAAUUACGCGUGUUCCGAGGAAGUGCACGCCGGCGGAGAGGGUCAAUGCGAGAAGGACAUGAUCAUCGCCUGGGUGGCGGGAUUGGACGUCGGCGAUACAGCUGACAAACUUCGAUGUAGUAUCCAGGCCGUCGACAGCAUCGAAAACGGGGGAUUUCGAUCGCUUACGUACACGGGCCCUGUGACUUCUCUGCGAGUCGCUCAAUGUCCACGUGAUGUCUUCUUGGCCGGCGACUGUAUAGUUCUCCACGAAGGAUUGAUCAGUCACAUCACUUCCGGCUGUACCAGUCUUAAUGUAAAUGUCAUUGUACACUAAACUUGUUCCGUCAACACGUAUAUAUCUUUGUCUAAGUGACUGUCUUGAAAGUGUAAGCUAAUCUAAUAUAAAUUACAAGGAACAUAUAGGAACAAUGGAUACAGUG